AGCUAAAAAUAAAACCCUGUAGGUUAUGUGUGCAGGUCCUGUUAACUUCCGGUUUUAGGUUUCGGUCUAAUCUACGACCCUAGAGGGCAGUAGCUUGCGACUGUCUCUCAAGCUUCUAUCACGGCUGACCCGCGCAACUCGAGUGAGACGAGCAAAUAAAUAAAGACAACACACAACCUAAACACAAUGAGUGUUGACGUGAAGAAACUGAAAGUCAACGAAUUAAAAGAGGAGCUCCAGCGCCGCGGCCUGGACACCAGAGGCCUGAAGGCAGACCUGGUGGAGAGGCUGAAAGCCGCUCUGGAAGUUGAAGCUCAAGCUGAUGCCUCAGAGCCAGGGGAGCAAGAGGAUGAAUUCUGCCAGGACACCCAGGACACCCAAGACAAUGAGGAUGGAGAGGAUGCCGAGGAUGCCGAAGAGCAACAAGAAGCUGCUGAGGACUAUGGUGAAGGAGAUGGUGAUGAUGCCCCUCAAGAGGAAGAUGAGGGGAGAGAUUCAGGCGGUUACUAUGAGGACGAGGAGGCAGAAGGCGAGCCUUAUGAAAGUCAACCAGCUUCAGACUCUGGUCACAGCAUGCCUGACUUCACAGCAGAUGCCGAUAUACACAAAUCUGACCUGAUGCCUGAGGAAGAGACCAAGCCAGUGCCAGAGGAGAAUGUCAAGCAAAAACAAGAAGUCAAAGUGGAAGUCAAAGUGGAAGACGACCCAGAGACUACUGGAGACAGAAACCAGGAUAUUCAUCAGACAGAACAUCAGCGCGAGCAAGAUGGCACAGCUCAGGCUGAGCAAGUCAAGGUGGAAGCUGAUAAAGGUGGACACCACAGCCGCAAGAGACCCCACGAGGAGAGCAGGGGCUACGGCUACUAUGAGCACCGCGAGGACAAGAGAUCACGCACACCACAGCCCCCUGCUGAAGAUGAAGAAGAGAACAUAGAUGACACCCUUGUGACAAUUGAUACAUACAACUGUGAUCUUCACUUCAAAGUGUCCCGAGACCGCUACAGUGGUUAUCCACUGACCAUUGAAGGCUUUGCUUAUCUGUGGGCUGGAGCACGAGCUUCACAUGGUGUCACCCAGGGCCGUGUGUGUUAUGAGAUGAAGAUCAAUGAGGAAAUUCCUGUAAAGCACCUGCCCAGUAGUGAGCCAGAUCCCCAUGUGGUCAGAAUUGGAUGGUCACUCAACCACUGCAGCACUCAACUUGGUGAGGAGCCCUUUUCCUUUGGUUACGGAGGAACGGGAAAGAAAUCCUCCGACUGUAAGUUUGCAGACUUCGGCGAGAAGUUUGGCGAAAACGACGUCAUCGGCUGUUACAUUGACUUUGACAGUGGUGACGAGGUGGAGAUGGGCUUUUCUAAGAAUGGAGUGUGGUUGGGUGUUGCCUUCCGGACAACCAAGGAUGCGCUGGCCGGCCGUGCCCUGUUUCCUCAUGUCCUGGUGAAGAAUUGUGCUGUUGAGUUCAACUUUGGACAGAAGCCUGAGCCGUACUUUCCCCCACCAGAAGGAUACACCUACAUCCACAAUCUUGACAUGGAGCACAAAAUCAGAGGCACUAAGGGACCUGCCACCAAAUCUGAAUGCGAGAUCUUGAUGAUGGUUGGCCUGCCGGCAUGCGGAAAGACCACUUGGGCCAUGAAGUAUGCAGAGACUCACCCUGAGAAGAAGUACAACAUCUUGGGCACAAAUGCCAUCAUGGACAAGAUGAAGGUGAUGGGUCUGCGUCGCCAGAAGAACUACGCUGGGCGCUGGGAUGUUCUGAUACAGCAGGCUACCCAGUGUCUAAACAGGCUGAUUGAGAUCGCUGCCCGCAAGAGACGCAACUACAUCCUAGAUCAGACAAAUGUAUAUGGAUCAGCAAGGAGACGAAAAAUGCGUCCUUUUGAAGGUUUUCAACGCAAGGCUAUUGUAAUUUGUCCCACGGACGAGGAUUUAAAAGAACGAACAUUAAAGCAAACCAAUGAGCAGGGGAAGGAUGUGCCCGAUCAUGCUGUUUUAGAAAUGAAAGCCAACUUUACUCUCCCUGAGGCUUGCGACUUCCUGGAAGCGGUGACGUUCGUUGAGCUGCAGCGAGAUGAGGCUGAAAAUCUGCUGAAGCAGUACAAUGAGGAGGGCCGCAAGGCUGGCCCGCCCCCUGAUAAACGCUUUGACAACAGGCAAGGCGGGUUCCGCGGCCGCGGCAGUGGUAGCUUCCAACGGUAUGACAACCGUGAUGGGUCCCGUGGUGGCUAUCAGAACCGUAGUGGAGACGGAGGCAGUGGGUACAGAGGAAGCUACAAUCGGGGCGGCUAUAACCAGAGCCGUUGGGGCAACAGCUACCGCGACGGAGGCUCUGAUGCACGUGGUGGUGGAUAUAACCGCAACCAGCAGUCAGGAGGAAGCUACAAUCGCCCGGCCCCUUACAGCAAGGGAGCAUACAGCCAGGGCUACAGCCAGAGCUACAAUCCAGGGUACAGCCAGGGCAGCUACAACCAGAAUUACUACAGCAACUACAGUCAGUACCCAGGAUACAGCCAGAGCUACAGCCAGACACCUACCACUGCCCAGACCUACAACCACCAGCAGCCACAGCCACAGCAACAGCCGCAGCAACAGCCGCAGCAGCAGCAGCAACAGAGCUAUAACCAGCAAUAUCAGCAGUAUGCUCAGCAGUGGCAGCAGUACUACCAGAACCAGAACCAAUGGAACCAGUAUUACAGCCAGUACGGCAGCUACCCUGGACAGGGCAACCAAGGCUCAUCUUCUGGUUCUCAGUAGCUUCACCCUGCAUUUGUACCUGCAUCCACCUGUGUCCUAAACACUCUGACCUCUGCAGCAAAUCGAUUUUGUACAGUCUCACAUAAGUCCCCAACCAUAAUGGUCUCUGUCUGGUUUAACACAGUAGCCUUCAUUCUUCACCAAUCAAUGUACGUGCAAACUGUACACAGUUUGUCUUCUCAUUUUUUUUUUUACUGAAUGAAGUCUUACUCUAAGCAGUGACUGUGAGGUGAUAGAUAUUAAACAUUUAAUGAAUGUUAUCUAUUAUGCAUUGAAUGUGGAUGUCUGUUGAAUUACAAACUCCACAUUUGCUACAGGUUGAAGAGGUAAUUGCAUAUUUCUAGGAUACAUAGUGUGAAAAAGUGGCAGGGCAGGAAAAUACAGCAAAGCCUGAAUAAUUUUGCUUGUUUUGAGAAGCUUAAAGAACAAAAUGCAUGCUUUUUACCUUCAUGGCCCUUUCGUCUGUCUUGCUCUUUAUUUUUCAGUUACCGAGUGAGCAUAUUUUAUUUACUCUUAAUAGAUUUCAAACAUGGAACAUUUUUUUAUAGGUGUUGAUACUGUAGUAUUUAAGCGUUAAUCCAGUCUUUGAUUGAGAAGAAUAUUUUGCCACUUUGAGUAGUUGUAUGUGCAUAUUUUUUUUAUCCCUUCGUGAUUGGUGUUCAUUAAGUCCAGUAGUUAAAGCCUGUUGUCAAACCCAUUUUUUUUCUACCUGGAAAAGAAAAUCUGAUUAUGACCAAUUAUCCAAGCUGUCUUCUUGUCUUUAUACAAUAAAUGCAAUUGUAUACACCUGUA